CAUGAUAGGAUAUCGAAAUAAAUGAAAAAAAUAAAUGAUAUAAAUAAUAGGUGAAGCCUCCGUUAGCAAGAUGGAAAUUUUAUCGUUGGUUAAAAUGGGCGAUCAACGAAGGAAUAAUCGAUCCAGUUGAAUAUUUCGUACCGAUUCGAUCUCUGAAAAUAGUCAGCCCUUUGAGGAAAUGCGAGGAUAGCGUGAUGAACAAAUACAUUACGACAAUUACAGAGAAAGAUCUUCAAGAUGAAACUGUCAAUGAUAAGUCGAAAACAGACGAAACAAGUCAGAAAGAUAGGGCUCGUGAAAUGUCGAAGGAGGAGAAGAAAAUUUCGCCAGAUUUUUCAGAGGACAUCAGCUUCUGGGCAGAUUUUAACAAAAUGGAACCCUACGUGAAAGACGUACAUUUUUUCUAUAAACUAGAUUACUUUCAAUACAGUAUGAAACUGUCAGAUCGAUUUGCAUCGAAACAACCAAACGAUGAAAAAUCUGAAACUAAAAAAGAGAGUAAGAAAGGUAGCAGGAGAAGUUCACCGUCUAAAACAACGUUCAAAAACUCUGAAUUUAUCGACACUUAUAGUUGGCCUCAAAAAAUGUUAAAAACCAGAAACGAGCCGCUAUAUCUCUUCACCGAUUCGUUGGAAGAGAAAUUCUUUCUCAUCGACUUUGCAACGUUCCAAGUUUCCAUCGAAAUUGUCGAAGACGCCGACGAUGAAACUUCAAUUCCCAGAACCAAAUUAAAGGGAAAUAAAGAUUGUCUAAGUAUAGAAGAGCAUUGUUGGUUUCGUAAGCCAGAAAAAUCCAUCUUCUUCGUCUCCGUUUUAACUGCUGGCACAAAAUCAACCGUGAUGGAAAUAGAUCGAGGGAGACACCUUUUACGAGUUUACUGUCACUCAGAAUCCAAUUGCCUUAUAUCUAUCUCAUCGGAUACGGUUUUCCACGUGGGGGACAGGCGAAGGAUGUAUCAACUAAUGUGCACAGAAUCUGAAACGGUCGAUCAGAUGGCGAGGCACAUCAGCAACUCCGUCUGUAGCGUCUAUCAAGCGUUUGGCACUGAAAGAUACUCGGAAGCCUUGAAAAUUUACUACAAAAGUUACUUGCCACCGGUUGAAGAUCGAGAGAUGAGGGACAAGUUGUUUUAUAAUCAGAUACACGACUACUUUAUCGAGGAACAAGUACAAUUAAUUAGAAAAAUCAUGCCUGAAGACGAGGUUCCAGGUGUUUUACGAGCUCUGAGAAUAUUUUUUCUCAAUCAUACUGUUGGCUUAGAAUGCUUCAAAAACGCAACGAUCGUGUUGAAGAACUUGCUGAACAAAACGAGAAGCUUGAUUGAGAAUAGAAGAUACGCUAGUCAGCAUCCCACGGAAAAAAUUAUUGAACAAAAUAAGGCUGCAGCUGUUAUUCAAGCGUUUUUCAAAACGAUUACCAUUAGGAGAUAUUUGAAAAUACAUAAUCCUCGUCACGAACAGUAUAAUCAAGUUUUACAGAAUCUACUGAAAGUUGCAGAAUUGUAUAAUUAUAAUAAGCGAGAAUCCUUAGCUAAUCAGGUACUGAGGAAUAUAUUAAAACAUCAUGAUAAAUUACGUGACAUUUACUAUUUUUCUAAAGACUUCGAGUACACCUUGCAAGCGCAAGAAUUGAAAGGGACGGUGACAAAUAUCACGCCAAACCAAUGGCUCCCUAUUAUAAGAUUCGUGGUGAAUCCUCAACCCUCAGAGACAGUGUUUGCCAGUAUAGAUUUAUUUGUUAACCUACCAAAGUAUAGUGUACGCAUGUUUAAAAAUGAGACAGGUGAAGAAAUACAACGAGUGGUAAACAAUGUGGUUCCAACUCGGUACCAGCAUACGAAACUAGGUUACACUAUCUUCUGCUAUGGUUGGAGCGAAGAUCAAACGUUGAAAGAGUUACCUUGGUCCUUAAAUAUAAUUACAAUGAAAGGGCGACCUGUGUUCUAUUUUUUAAUUGACGAAGUAUCGUUUCUCACGAUUAACAUGCCUCCUAUAUUAGCUAUAGAAGAAUUGUCCAACAGUUAUAUUCCUAAUUCGAGAAAUUAUAUUUCCAAGUGGAUCGUUCGAGUGGUGAAACCUAGUUUGGUCUCGUUUAGAUUAAGAGUAUCGUAUGAGAAAGUAAGAAUGAGAUUGAGAGUCAUCGAUGAGGAAGGUCAAGUGUUGUCGCAAAUAAAAGGUACUUGUGUAGUUAUUUUGCCGAUGGUGUAUUUGGAAUUUCGAAGAAGUUCUACUGAAAUUACACUUGAAAGGGAUAAUUCUGAUAACAUCGACGAAGAGAAUUCUAGCGAAGAGAAAGUUGAUAGCAACGAAAGUAGAAGUAAGGAUGAUGUGAUAGCUCACACGAUUUAUCACGUAGAAGCGUCAGUGCUUGGAAACAGCUGGCCAUUGACUGAUACAGAAUGGAGUCUUGUGUCAGAAUUCAAAGUGAAACCGACAGGCUCUGUUAUUAAAAAGAAACUACCACCUUUUUCGAAUACAGGAAGACUGUCAAAGAGUGAGUCGUUAAGGUCGAGGAGAGUUUCGAAGCAGUCUGUUGAAAGUGUUCCGGCUGUCGAGUCGCCUUAUUGGAUUCUUCAAGUAGUUACUGAUUCUGGAAGCGGAUUAAAGAUAUCCCAAGAUAGGACGAAGGAAAGGGAGAUAGCGAGGAUGAAGGAAGCCUGGGCGAAAGAGAAUCCUGACAGCUUGCAGCGUGGUAGAGAACUCCGUGAAGCUUUCAUAAAGAAACACGAGAUCAAGUCGAAAUGCUCAGCGGAUUCGUUCGAAAAGAAACCUUCGAGUCAUUCCGAGAAAUCGUUGACGAAAAGGGAGAGCCAUCGUUUGUCGCACAUCCAGACAUCCAGGAUUUCAAUGGCUCAUUUGGAGAAGAGGACGUUGAAGCCACCUCCGUCCCUUCGUAGACUUCCACCCUUGGAUUUGACUAUCUACGAGGUCAAAGAGGACGAGGAGGACGAAGCAUGGGUAAAGAUGGAGUCGGAUGAAGAAAUGAUGCGAAAUAUUCGUAUAAUGAAUAUCUUGUACGCUCAGGAAGACUACGCGUAUUUUCUCGAAGAUCUGAACAAGCUAUAUAAAAGACAGAAGUACCAGUACGAAACAUUGUAUGGAAGAUAUAUAGAUGCAUUUUUUGAUAGAAGAGGAAUGUUGGAAGACGUGUACGAAGCUCGAAAAGGAUAUAUAGCUAGUACGAAGCCUGUAGCUGCUUCGAGCACCAAGUCUACUAAGAGAAGCAAGAAAUCUAAGAAAACCUAGACCAAUUAAUUUUAGAAUAAUUUACAUUAAUUUUAAUUCAGUAAUUUACCAUCGCAAGUAAAUAUUUGGUUAAUGUAGUUAUGCUAGAUUAAAUAGUCAGAACAAAUUGUGUUGUAUUUAAUAAGAAGAUGAGAAUAGGAAGAAGACACUUCACCAGUGUGAACCUGUUAUUUACUAUACUUGAAAUAAUCUUCCAAAUUUCUAGCUCUCUUCUCAUUACAUAGUCAAAUUACUUGAAUUCCAGUAAAUGAAUUAAUCCGAACAAGAUUUAAGAUGUUUAAACGCUAUUUAUGUUAAGUUGCAUCCUUUAAGUUCUGCCUCUUAAAAACUUAAGAAAUACACACGAAGGCCAAUAUACCUUAGCAUUUACAUAUUCACGACACCCGGUUCACAAGAAAAGUAUCUUUAAUUGCUGCAUGAACCUUGUGCUUACUAAUCGUUGUAACCGCCAGCGUCAUGUAUAUUCCGGUGCAGCGACAUUCCUGGCGCCGCGGAUUCCACCAGCUUCGAGUCCUCCUCGAAGCGAAUAAUCUGCGUAUUACGUUCUAAACGAUAACGAUCGAUGAUUCAGCGGGACCCUUUAAACAGCCACGAUUUUUCAUCGCCACUUAUCUAGAUCGGUGGUCGGUCAGGGACACAUUGAACGA